AUGAACAUCAGCGAUAUAGAAUUCUUGAAUCAUGUGAAUAAUAUAAAAAAUAUGGACAUCCUACAACUUUUCUCAAAGGAUUGGAUGAUAUAUCAUGAACAUAUUGUUUACAUUAAUGUAUACCUACAUAACCAUAAGGAUAUUAUUGAUAUAAUACAAGAUGAACGAAUGAAUAUUAUUUUGAAAAAGUUUGAACUUAUACUAAGAGAUUUAAUAAAAAUUUAUUUCAUUCGCUUCCUGUAUUUUGAAAAGAAAGAAGAAAAUAUUUCUAUACUUAACAAAAAUGAGAAAGUACAAUAUGAAAAUAUGAUGGAUGAAGAUACAUUGAAUCAUAUACGUAUAUCAAGUUAUAUAUUGAUGUAUCAUGAAUUGUCUCUUUUGAACAUAAUCGAAUUUAUCUUAUAUUCUGAUUACGUUUAUGAUCAUAUAGAGACUUACAUGAUAAACAUCAUAUCAUACGUAUAUUCGAAUUUAAUAUCAUUCCUAGGAACGAAAUCAGAGCAAUAUUUUGUGAAACCCAUAAGCGAAAUGUUCAUAAAUGAGAUGGUAUUAGAAGAAGAAGAUAAUACAUACAAUGUUGACAAGCUAAAAAUAUAUCUCAAUAUAAUAAAUAUACUUCGAAAUAUUACUGAUAAAAUUCACCUUUUGAAUAACACUGUUGUAAAUAAAAUAGUAGAUUACGACAUGCUAUUAAUUUUAAUCCCACUUAUUGAAAAAAAACCAUGGAGACAUCAAAAUUAUGUGUUCGAAAAAAAUGAAUGGAUAAGAACUGAUGAUCAUACAUUAUGUAGUGUGGAAAAACAACUAUGGCUAAUAUUAUAUACUCUCAUAUUAAGCGAUUCAUGCCAACAAAAGUAUGAAAUGACUAAUUAUAGAAGGAACAAUAUUCUGAAG